AUGAGAGAGAGUUUCAAGGACUGGAGUGCUGAUGGUCAAGACAGGGGAAAAAAUAAUGCAAGCCUUAUUGAGUUGAAACAUCUUUCUGAUUUAAGAACCUUAGAUAUUGAAGUACUAGAUUUCGAGAUGUAUCCUAAAAAUUUAGUGUUUGGGAAUCAGUUGAUUCAAUAUCACAUUAGUAUAGGCCCGCAUGACUAUUGGCCUUUGCCACUUCUAGAGUCACUUGGAGGGUCAGCUGCAAAGUCACCUGUAGUGUCACUUGUAGGGUCACUUGUAGGGUCAAGGGUCUUGGAAUUCGAGGGGUGUCAAAAUAUUAUUCAAGAAGACAGUGGGGUCAAUAUGCUGUUAAAAACAGCCGAAACAUUGAGCCUAAAGAAAUUGGUGGAUGUGGAGACUCUUCUUAAUGAUUUUAGAAUAGAUGGAUUUUCAAAUCUGAAGUCUUUGACAGUUGAUAGAUGUGGUGGUAAGAUUGAAUAUCUAGUUGACACUAAGAAGAGGAUGCCACGUUGUGUUUUUCCUGGGGUGGAGAUAUUAAGGCUCGAAAACAUGCAAGAAUUGAGACAGAUAUGCCAUGGCCAUCUCCCAUCUACAUCUUUUUGUGAACUACGUGACUUGACUCUAUACAACUUACCUGAGUUAAUAAAUUUGUGGGAGGAUCCCACUGGCCAAGUACGGCUUUCUAGCCUAAGGAGGGUGCAUGUAUUAAACUGUCACAAAAUGGAAUGCCUCUUUCAGUUUCAGCAAUAUAUAGCAGGAGAUCUUCAACAGCUCCAAAUCCUAGAGAUAGAGAACUCCAACAAUAUGGAAGUGAUAGUUGCAAUCAAUGCGGAAGGAGCAGCAGCACAAGAGGAUGAAAUUGUCUUACACAACUUGAAAGAGUUGAGGCUAGAUAAUCUACCGAACCUCGUGAGUUUUUUUGGCCAAACAAAGAGUUCGGCUUCGGCUUCAGAUAGCAAUCCUCGUAUCCGAGCACAUGAACCUCUGUUCGAUGGAAAGGUUGUAUUUCCAGCAUUGAAGAGCUUGCAUCUCAAUGGACUGCACAAAACGGAAAAGAUAUGGCACGAACAAUUGCUUCCUGCUGGAAAUUUCAACAGAUUGACUAAACUGUCAAUAAGCAACUGUGAAAAGCUAGUCACAAUUUUUCCAUCCAGUGUGGGAGAAUUGCAGAAAUUGGUAGAUUUAUCUGUUUCAUAUUGUGUUUUGUUGGAGGACCUAUGUGAAGAACAUAAUACAACUUCAAUAACACUACCAAGGAUAAAGACUUUAGAAUUGUUUCGUUUACCAAGCUUGAAGGAUAUAUGGUGGAACAAGGUCUGCUCUGAAUCUCGUACCUUUCGGAAACUCACAAAUCUUACUAUUGGAGGAUGCAAAUGUCGGAGAUAUCUUCUCUCUUUUACAGCAUCGAAACUUCUUAUUCAACUUAAAUAUCUUAAGUUAGUAGAAUGCGACAUGAUGAAAGAGAUAAUAGCAACCGAAAGAGAGGAAGACGCAGUGGUCGGUGACAUGAUUGUGUUCCCUAAAUUAUUUGGCCUUCGCCUCUCUCAAUUGCCAGAACUCACAAGCUUCUACCAAGGGAAUUGUACUUUAGAGUUCCACUCUUUGCAAAAUUUGGUGAUUGAAAAAUGUCCCAAGAUGCAAACAUUUGUUGGUUCAAGCACAAAAAGGCCAAAAGAAGCAAGUGAAGAAGAGUUUGAGGGACAAAUAGAUCAAGAAGGCAACUCUAGCGUCACCAUACAACCAUUUUUCAAUGAAAAGGUUGUAUUUCACAACCUCGAGGAUUUGAAUCUUCAGAGAUUAGAUAACCUGAAAAAGAUAUGGCACAACGAACUUCCAGUAGAUUGCUUUAAUCAACUAGAUGUUCUAACUGUGCGUAAAUGUAACAAUUUGUUAGAAGUUGUACCAUCCAAAUUACUCCCAAUGCUACACAAUUUGGGCAAGCUUGUUGUAAGAGAAUGUGAUUUAGUGGAAGAGGUCCUGGAACAAGGAGAAGAUUCUUCAGGAAAACUUGUGUUCCCUAAUGUUCACACUCUUGAACUUGUACAUCUACCAAACCUCAAGAGUUUCUACUUGGGAAAUCAUACUUUGGAAUGGCCAUCCUUAACAAAAGUGACAUUGAAAAAUUGUCCCAAGAUGCAGGCCUUCUCUUCAGGGCUCCUAAUCACACCAAAGCUACAUAUCAAUUCAUAG